AUGUCACAAACUAAUGGUGUUACUACUGCCACUAUAACUAAUAAUAAAAUUAACAUUAAUAAUAAUAGUAAUGAUAAUAAUAAUAAUAAUGGUAGUGAACUAGAAAUUUUACAAAAUCUUCAAACAUUAGUUCCUGCUAUAAAACAAAAUUUCAUUUUAAUGUCUCAACAAUUUACACAAUUCAUUAAUUAUACAGAAGAUUUUAAUAAACUUUCUGCAACAAUUCGAUCAAUGCAAAUAAAACAAGAACAACUUGAAAGAGAAUUAGAACAAUAUCGAAAAGAUCGAAAUGAUAUUGAAAAACAAUUCAAAAUAAAUUCUGAUAAUCGUAUUUAUCUUGAUGUUGGUGGUCAACGUUUUACAACAACAAUUAAAACAUUAACACAAUCAACAAAUUCAAUAUUUUUUCAAACACUUAUUAAUGAAAAAUGGAAUGUUAAUACAAAUUCUAUAGAUAAUCCAAUAUUUAUUGAUCGUGAUGGACGUUUAUUUGAUGUUAUUCUUCAAUAUCUUCGAACCGGUGAAUUGAAUAUUGAAGAUAGAAAAAUACAAAAAGAAUUAUUAACAGAAGCUAAAUAUUAUAAAUUAAAAAAUUUAGAAGAUGAAUUAAAUUUAAUAUUAAGAAAAGAUGAAUUAUUUAUGUCUAUUAAUUCAUUCGAUGCUAUUAAUCAAUCACCACCAUGUAGUCCAUUAUCAACAAUAAAUAAAUCUCGUUCAUCACCUUUUUCACCUACACCAUUAUCUAAUAAUAUAACACGUCUAUCACCUUUAAAUCAAUCUAUUUCAUCAAAAUUAAAACUUCAUCCAGCUCAAACAGCAUCAUCAUGGAGAUCAAAUUUAUCUUCAGAAAAUCGUUUAAAUAUUUUUCUUGGAAGUACUUUAUUAACUAUUGAAUAUGAAGAAAAACUAAUUGAAUUUAUCGGUAAUGAUAUUCAACAACAACCAUGGCGUUUAAUUUAUCGAGCAAGUGAACAUGGUUUUGAUGCAACUGAUUUUCAUCGUUAUUGUGAUUCAUUUGCACCUACAGUAUCAAUUAUUCAAACUGAUUUUGGAAAUAUUUUUGGUGGUUUUACAUCAAUACCUUGGAGUUCAGCAUCCUUACGAUCUGAUCAAGCUGAUCCAAAAGCAUUUCUAUUUACAUUAAAAAAUACAUUAAAUAUUCCACCAACAAAAUUUCCUGUUGCUAAAGAAUAUCAACAAUGUGCAAUAAGUCAUAAUCCAACAUGUGGUCCUAAUUUUGGUUCACCAAAAAAUGAAGGCAGUGAUUUAUGUUUAAGAAAUAAAUUUAAUGAUAAAACUAAUUGUAUAUUUUUUCCCAAAAGUUAUAUUGAUUCAACUACUCAAGGUGGUUUAAUAUUUGCUAAAAAAUAUUUUGCAUGUAAAGAAGUCGAAAUAUUUACUUUAAUGGCUAAUAGUUAA